CUCUUCCUCGUCCUCGACUCAUCGACGACGACGACGACGACGCUCGGAAUCGCAUCACAGACGGCCCACAUACGUCGGGACAAGACAGACGUACGCGCGAUGAACUUCUACCGCUCGGCAGCGCUCGCGCUCGACCACCUCGACAAGCACCAGGGCAGCGUCAAGGGCUCGCUCGCGGCCGCCAAGGUGAACGGCAGCGCGGGCGAGUCUAAACGCAUCCUUGCGCUCAUCAUCGAGACGCUGAAAUACCGCGACGUGCUCAAGCAGCUCCUCACGACGGUCCCGCUCACCAAGCUCGAGCGCGAGACGUUCCGCUCCAAGGGCACGCCGUCGUCGGCCAACCUCCUCCUUGUCCUGCUGCACGACCUGCUCUUCUCGCCCAAGGGCAAGAUCGAGGCGAGCGACAAGUGGCCGCCGAAGGAGGCGGUGCUGCGGCACGGUGCGCGCCUCAAGGCUGAACUCGUCCGGCUGCAGAUCAAGGCGGGCAAGAGCAGCGUGCGCGAGCUCGGCAAGGCGGCGUCGUCGACCGUCGAGGCGCGCUACGCCCGCUGGAACCCGAACAUUGAGCUCUCGCGCGCCGACGACUUCUCCCUCUCGGCCUUGCACGCGCACCUCGCGGCCAAGGGCUUCAGCCGCCUCGACACGCCCGUGUACCCCGUCCCGGACAAGUCGUACUUCAUGGACCCCCACCUCACCGAGCACCUGCUCGUGUUCCCCGCCAGCUCGACCUGGUGGGUCGGCGACAAGUGGUACGAGUCGGGCGCGGUGAUCCUGCAGGACAAGGCGAGUUGCUUCCCCGCCUAUGUCGUCAUGGACGGCUGGGACCCCGCCGAGGGCGAGUGCAUCGACGCGACAGCCGCGCCGGGCAACAAGACGAGCUACAUGUCCGCGCUCAUGGGCGCCGAGGGCACACUGUACGCCUUCGAGCGCAGCCCCAAGCGGUACCAGACGCUGUGCAACAUGCUGCAAAAGGCCGAGUGCGGCAACGUCAAGGCGACCCGCGGCGACUUUACAGAGACGAAUCCCGCCGACUACCCCAACGUGACGCGGAUCCUCCUCGACCCGAGCUGCUCGGGCUCGGGCAUCGUCAAUAGGCUCGACUACCUCGUCGACGCCGACGAGGCAGAGGACGACGAGCAGGCCGAGCGGCUCGAGAAGCUCGCGGCGUUCCAGCUCCAGAUGAUCCAGCACGCCUUCCGAUUCCCGGCCGUCCGCCGCGUCGUCUACUCGACCUGCUCGAUCCACGCGGAAGAGGACGAGCGCGUCGUCGCGAAGGCGCUUGCAUCGGGUAAGGGCAAGUGGAAGCUCGCGCCGCGCGAGUGGGUCCUGCCGAGCUGGGAGCGCCGCGGGCUCGUCGAGGAGCUGGGCGACGCCGCCGACAGCGUGAUCCGCUGCUUGCCCGAGGACAAGACGAACGGGUUUUUCGUGUCGUGCUUUGUGCGUGUGGACGCUGGGGAGGAGGUCAAGGCCAAGGCCAAGGGGACGAAGCGAGCGCGAGAGGAGGAGGUGGCUGAGGCGGAUGAGGAGGCGGACGAAGAGGACGACGGGGACGGCACGGCCGCCGCCGCCACGCCAAAGGCCAAAACCGCCGCUCAGCUCGACCGCGCCCGUCGCAAGAAGCAGCUGCAGAAGAAGCGCCGGAAAGCGGCAAAGUAGGCAGGCUAGGUGACAUGUGUACAUGAAUGAGAGUGGGAUGUACAAUGUCCUAGUGCA